GGGGGGGGGGGUGAUGUGAUGUGUCCGUGUCUGCAUGUGGUGUGUUUGUGUGUGGAAGGACGGGAGGAAGGUCGCAGCGGUUCCUGCAGGGGUCAUGGAGGCAUUGCAGCGUCCAGACCUUGCCGAUUGGCCCCGCCCAACCGAAGUCCAGAACCACUUGUCCUGUCGCGAUAAACUUCCCCCCAGUAUUUCGAGGCGCGAUCAAUUCCAUUUCUUUGCGCAGUCCACUCGCACUCGAGAAAAGUCACGAAGGUGUGCUGUUUCACGAAUUCUCGAGCAUCGCAACAACCAAAUUCACUCGAAUAUAUCCCACUGGCUCAUGCAGAUCUGGUGAAAACGCCACGCUACACGAACCCGUGGACAUUUCCAAUUCUCUUCGACCGGCAGGCCUAGCACGGUAGAUUACAUAUACCCGAUAGCUGGUCGCCCAAGAUGGCUUCAAAGGCCAUGUGGGAGGUCGAUCCCGAGACGAGGUCCAAACUCGUCACCAUCCAAGCCGAAGCCCAAAACAACAUCUGCUGCGACUGCAACGUGCCCUCGCCGCAGUGGGCGUCGCCCAAGUUCGGCAUCUUCAUCUGCCUGUCGUGUGCCGGCGUCCACCGCGGCCUGGGCGUCCACAUCUCCUUCGUCCGCUCCAUCUCCAUGGACGCCUUCAAGGCCGCCGAGAUCGAGCGCAUGCGCCUCGGCGGCAACGAGAACUGGCGCCGCUUCUUCGAGCAGCAUGAGGAUACCAAGAUGCGGGGGCUCACCUGGGACGACGCGACCAUCGCCGAGCGCUACGGCGGCGAGGCGGGCGAGGAGUGGAAGGAGAGGUUGAGCGCCAAGGUCGAGGGCCGCGAGUACGUCCCCGGAGAGAAGGCGGCGAGCGCCAGUGCCGGCCCGGCGCCCGGCGCGGGGGGUCCGUCGGCGGCGCCCACCCGUAGCGGGCCGAGGGCGGGCACGCCAUUGAGCGGGAGUGCUGCCGCUGCCGCCGCGCCCACGGGCGGGAGCAGCAGCGAGAGCCCCGUGCCGGGUGGGAAGAUCAAGGUGGACGUGGACUACUUUGCGAAGCUGGGCGAGCGGAACGCGCAGCGGUCGGCUGACUUGCCGCCUAGCCAGGGCGGCAAGUACGCUGGUUUUGGCAGCUCGGGGCCGCGGCCGCAGAAGCAGGAAGCGAUGCCUGGGUUUGACGAUUUGCAGAAGGAUCCUGUGGCGGCCAUCUCCAAGGGCUUUGGGUGGUUCACUUCGACGGUCACGAAAACGGCCAAGACGGUCAAUGAGGGGUUCAUUCAGCCUACGGCUAAGCAGAUAUCCGAGACGGACUUUGCGGCCCAAGCCCGCAACGCCGCCGCCCAGGCCGCGCGAUCAGCGCAGGCGGGUGCCAAGACGGCGCAAGAUGGGUUCACGCGCUUCGUUGAAGGCCCCGGUGGCAACGGGUAUAAACCGGUGAACACCAAUGGUGACAAUUUCGACGAGAGCAGGCGGGGAUUCUGGGACGACUUCUCUGCCGCUGCCGACCAAAGGCAGGCGAGCGGGAGCGCAAUAGGCACGGCGGCUAUGGGGAAGGGUGGGAGGCAAGGGGGCUCACAGGGCUCAGCGGCGGGAAACAAGAAGAAUGAGGAGUGGGAUGAUUGGUGAGAGGAGGUAUGAUUGUGAACGGGGGGGAGGGGGGCGGUUGCGAGGCGUUGGAUGGGACUUUGUGGGGAAGAAGAGAAGCAGGCGAGGAAGCAGACGGAGUUCCGGUGGCUUUCUGUAGGUGUCGGGUUCAUCUGAUGAGUCUGGUUAUGGCGAAGAGAAGACAGUUUUGGUUGUUACAACCCCUGAUAUCCCCGUGGUGUAAUCUGUACUUGUUUCGGGAGACAAGUUGGUCAAGUCGGGUCAGGGUUAGGGCUAAUAUUAAACAUGUCAGGGUUGCAACGGCCCCGUCGCUUGGCC